CAAAGCGGCGUCUGCUUGGGAACUAGCAAGCAUAAACCUGCGGAAAGGGCGAUGCGCCGUCAGGGCAGGAAGAAAGUGUCUUAGUUUGAGCCACAAAUACUUAUUAUUUAGCAUGGUUUAGCUAACGUUAUUUAAUACGGAUUAAUUGUGCAAUUUUAUGCCAUACUUCUGUUUUGACCAUAGCAAGGAAACCAAGAAAGAUGGAGGGUUUUAAGAGCAGUGCUCUUGGCCGGGUAACGGUAUACUCUAUCCAGGGAUGUCCGCAUUGUGUACAGGCUAAAGCUACCCUCAGGUCUUUGGGAGUACCAGUAUGUGAAGUGGAUGUUGGCCUUCAUUCAGAGCUAAGAGUGAAACUGAAGGAGCUUACAGGACACAGCACCGUACCUCAAAUCUUCUUUAAUGGCAUCCAUGUUGGUGGUAACGACGAUCUCCAAAAACUGGCAACUGAGGAGCUUCAAAGACUGGUGACUCUGGUUAAAGAAGAGCCUCUUUCAGCAAAUGCUCCACCGUUACCAGAAAAUAAUCCAUUUGAGGCUCCAGAUGAUGAGAUUGAUGGACAACUCAGAGGUGAGAGAGAUGAGUUUGCAGAGUUGGUAGAGGACCUGAAGCAUUCUGGUGUGAUUGGCACUCAGAGGAGGGGACUGACCUUAUACAAAAACAGCUUCUCAGGCAUUCAGCUGUUUGACUGGCUGCAAUCAAAAAAGGGCAUGGACAGAAGUGAAGCCUGUAAUACAGGCCGGACACUGCUGCAGAAGAAGUUCAUGGUCAGUGUGAGAGGCAGUGGAGAGGAGGAUGGGUGUUUUGGAGAAGGAAAAGAAACCAUGGACACACUGUACAGGCUGCUGGAAGAUGACCUUCAUUCACCUUUGAAUGGAGGACAGACAGCCGCCUAUACUCCGAAACAGGCUGCUGAGCUUUCAUUGCUUUUACGAGAGUUGAUUCUGAAGUUGUUCUCGGAGCAUCUCUCUGCUGAUGGCAAGUCUGUGGAUUAUAAAGGGAUGUCUGUGGACCCAGCAUUUGAACGUUACUGUGAGCUGGUCAUUCAGCUCCAGAGGGUGGAGUUGCUCUCACUGAGCCGUGAGGAGAAGCUGGCCUUCUUCAUCAACAUCUAUAACGCCUUAGUCAUCCAUGGAUACCUGCGCCUGGGGGCCCCUACCAACAUGUGGCAGAGAUACAAAUUUUUCAACUAUGUUAGCUACCUUAUUGGAGGUGAAGUCUUCACUUUACAAGACAUUGAAAAUGGCGUCCUUCGAGGGAACAGAAAGGGAAUUGCACAGCUCCGAAAGCCCUUCUCCAAAACGGAUCCUCGACUGCAGGUGGCGCUUCCAGAUGCUGAGCCCCUGAUUCACUUUGCUUUGAACUGUGGUGCAAAGGGCUGUCCCCCGAUUAAAACCUACACACCUCAGGAUAUAGACAGCCAGCUCCUCACCGCGGCUGAAGCCUUUCUGGAGAACGAUGAUGCCUGUAUGGUUGAUUCUGGCAAAAACGAAGUGCGUCUUAGUCAGAUAUUUAAGUGGUAUAAGACUGACUUUGGAGGCACAGAUGAAAAGCUGCUGAAGUGGGUGCUAGAUCAUAUGGGUGACUCUCCAAAGAAGACUAGCCUUCAGGAUGUCCUUUCUGCUGGGAAAACUAAAGUCAGCUUCCUCCCUUAUGACUGGAGCUCCAACAGCGCCCACUGAGCAUCCCCACUCUGUGGUUUUAUGGCUUCUCAUUUUGUCUACUCAGCUAUGUGUGCUUGAAUCCACCGGGAUGGAAGUUUGCACCCAAAUAAGAUGCUAUCGAGACUUCCGGUUGGGAUGCGAGAGGAGUAGACGCUCGCUUGGACUGCUGCUGCAUUUGUACUUUACAUACUUCCUUGUAACCCCAUCUCCUUUGAAAAGACUGCAGUAUUUUAUUUUUAUUGAUUUAUUUUUUGUAGUUAUUAUUUACCGUAAAUUUACUUUAUCAUGUCCAAGGCCAAAGGAAAAUCGUCUGAACGAGAAAAAGACGCGCCUCCGACUACUGCUAGCAUAACAAUGGCGGACAUUAGCUCGCUCCUUAGUAGUCAUAAAGAGGCUCUGUCCGCGGAGUUCAAGUUGUCUUUUGAGUCUCUGAACUGCAAACUGGACAGCAUCAACUCUACUAUGACGGAUCACGGUCAGCGUAUUUGCUCUUUGGAGGAUAAUGCAACCGCUUCUGAUGCGCGCUUGGGGCAGGUGGAGAAGGUGUGUGCUCAUCUUCAAAAGGAAAAUGAAAUGCUGAGAGCGAGGUUGGUGGAUCUGGAGGGGCGCAGCAGGCGCCAGAAUAUUCGCAUUGUCGGUUUACCAGAGGAUAUAGAAGGUCCCCGGCCAUCCUCGUUUUUUUCUCAGCUUUUGCCUGAAGUCUUCGGUAAAGACACGCUCCCUUCCCCUCCUGAGAUAGAUCGAGCGCACCGCACCCUCGCCCCCAAGCCCGCCCCGGGAUCCCGUCCUCGCCCUGUCAUCCUGCGCUUCCACAGAUUCCAAGAGAAAGAUCUGAUUAUCCGCGAAGCCCGCAAGAGAGGUGCACUGUUUUAUCAGGGGCAUAAGAUCCGCUUCUAUGAUGACUACAGUCCAGAGGUCGUGAAGCAGCGCGGUGAAUACAAUAGUGUCAUGACUGAACUGUACAAGCGGGGAUACAAGCCGGCGUUGCUAUUCCCUGCGAAAUUGCGCAUCACUCUCCCGAACGGAGAUAAGAAGUGGCUCCCGUCGGCCGCGGAUGCGGCUAAAUUCGUCCAGGAUUUGGGUCAGGUUUAAGGAGGAAAAAAGAAAAAAUAAACCCGCCUGGCCUUGGAAA